AUGCACCAUAUAAUCAGUAAGAUAUGGCUCACGGAGAGCAUGCCCGAAGAUUGGAACCUCAGCAUGAUCUGUCCCAUCCUGAAGAAGGGUGAUGCCACGGUGCACGGUCUUCUUCCAGUUGCAUACAAGGUCCUAACGAGCUGCGGGUUCAGGCCUGGCAAGUCCACUGUUGACCAGAUUUUCACCUUGCGCCAAAUCCUGGAGAAGUCUUACGAAAACCAGAUCGACACGUACCAUCUCUUCGUCGACUACAAAGCCGCAUUUGAUAGCCCCCGGCGAGAUCGCCUAUAUGCCGCCAUGUCUGAGCUUGGUAUACCAGCAAAGCUAACUAGACUUUGCAGAAUGACAUUGAGCAACACCAUCAGCUCUUUCAAGUACUCCUAUAUGGUGCGGAGUGCUCUUGGAGUGUUCGAGAGGAAAGUUCUUCGUAAAAUCUUUGGUCCAAUCUGCGUGGACGAUGUUUAUCGCAUCAGGUAUAACCACGAGCUGUAUGAGCUGUACGGUGAUGUUGACGUGGCCAGUCGAGUGAAAUCUCAAAGACUUCGCUGGCUGGGCCACGUUGCCCGUAUGGAUGAAGACGCCCGGCUCUUGGGCGUACAGGCUCAGUUGAGACUACUCCUGAUCUACAUGGAUUUGGCUCUGAACAUACGACCCCAUGAAGUCGUAUGUCAACCCUCGCAUAUCCUCCCUGCUACAUAG